AUGUCUUUGAGAGUUCAAGCUUCCAGAUUGAUCGCCAACUCGCGUGUGAUCACUGCUAAGAGGGCCCUUUCCGUGGCAUCUCGUGCCACGUUGAGACCAGCUGCUUCCAGACAAUUCGUCAAGCCUUUGGUUGCUACCCGUGGUUUGAAGCAAAUCAACUUCGGUGGUACCACCGAGACCGUUUACGAGAGAGCCGACUGGCCACGUGAGAAGUUGCUAGACUACUUCAAGAACGACACUUUGGCUUUGAUCGGUUACGGUUCUCAAGGUUACGGCCAAGGGUUGAACUUGAGAGACAACGGUUUGAACGUCAUUGUCGGUGUCCGUAAGAACGGUGCCUCCUGGAAGGCUGCCAUUGAGGACGGCUGGGUCCCAGGUGAAAACUUGUUCGACGUCAACGAGGCCGUCCAAAAGGGUACCUACGUCAUGAACUUGCUUUCCGACGCUGCUCAAUCCGAGACCUGGAACUCUUUGAAGCCCCUUUUGACCAAGGACAAGACCCUGUACUUCUCGCACGGUUUCUCUCCAGUCUUCAAGGACCUAACCCACGUCGAGACUCCAAAGGACAUCGACGUCAUCUUGGUUGCACCAAAGGGUUCCGGUAGAACCGUGAGAUCUUUGUUCAAGGAAGGCCGUGGUAUCAACUCUUCCUACGCCGUCUGGAACGACGUCUCCGGCAAGGCCGACGAAAAGGCGCAAGCCUUGGCCGUCGCCGUCGGCUCUGGUUACGUUUACCAAACCACUUUCGAGAAGGAGGUCAACUCCGACCUGUACGGUGAGAGAGGCUGUUUGAUGGGUGGUAUCCACGGUAUGUUCUUGGCCCAAUACGAGGUCUUGAGAGAGAACGGUCACUCCCCAUCGGAAGCUUUCAACGAAACCGUCGAGGAGGCCACUCAGUCCCUGUACCCAUUGAUCGGUAAGUACGGUAUGGACUACAUGUACGACGCCUGCUCCACCACCGCCAGACGUGGUGCUUUGGACUGGUACCCAAUCUUCAAGGACGCCUUGAAGCCUGUUUUCCAGGACUUGUACGAGUCCGUCAGAAACGGUUCCGAGACCAAGAGAUCUUUGGAAUUCAACUCACACCCUGACUACAGAGCCAAGUUGGAAGAGGAAUUGGAUACCAUCAGAAACAUGGAGAUCUGGAAAGUGGGCAAGGAGGUCAGAAAGUUGAGACCUGAGAACCAGUAA